AUGGACGACCUAAUAUCGCUAGGCGAGACGUUACAGCAGGCGUCGUCGGCCCUCGUGGGAGACGACAUUCAGGCAGACCCUCGCUCGGGGUCGGCUCCCGUCAUCCAGCUCUUGGUCAUCGGCGCGCCGGGUUCGGGGAAGUCGGCUGUUCUCAACACGCUCAUCGGCCAUGCCGUCUUGCCCACAGGAGAGGGCGGGUGCACGCGCUUCCCAGUGCUGGUGGACUUGCAUCGCGACCAGAACCUCUCGGCCGGCGCUGUGCGCGGCAAUCUUGGUGCCAGAACCAACAUGCCCAGGCCUUCGGAGAUUCGGCAGGCACUGCAGUCGGACAUGAGCAAGGCCAAGGGGUCGUCCAGGCACAGAGAGGAGGCGCAGCUCAUCCUCCGAUCGCCCAUUGCCCCACCGAUGCGCAUUAUCGACCUGCCUGGGAUAGAGAAGGCAUCCCAAAUGGACGGAGCAUUCCAGGACAACGUGUCCAACAACGAUGCAGUCAUCCUGGUGGUGAUCUCUGCCACGGCAGUCAAGGACUCUCUUAAGAUCCUCCGCAUCGCGCAUGACAUUGACAGAGAAGGUGUGAGAACUAUUGGAGUUAUCACGAAAUUCGACCAAGUGAUGAAGGACAGGGACACGGCGAAGCUGGCAGUGGACCUGCUGCAGAAGCAGGGGGCGGCCAUGGCUCAGGACUACCCGUGGGUGGCAGUGAUUGGUCAGCCGCUGGGGGACAAGGACACGAACGAGCCUAUGGAUGGCGCGUGGCAGGAGGAAUACAAGGUCUUAUCGCAGGUGAUGUGGGCGAAUGGAAUCAAAGGCAUGGACACGCCCAUGGGUCGCGACGCGUUGCUGCGGCUGAUUGCUCGCACCGUGCGGCACAAGAUGAAGGAAAAGAUUCCUCGCAUUAUGUCCGCCCUGGAGGGUCGCUCUGAGGAAGUGGACGCGGAGCUACUCAGGCUGGGCGACUCACUCGUGUCCAGCCUCAACGGCUCGCGUGCCCUGGCCCUGGAGCUGUGCCGAGGGUUUGAGACCAAGUUCUGCGAGAACCUGGACGGCAGUGAGGGCGGAGGGUCGCAGAUGGUGGAGAAGUUUGUGGGCACGCUGCCUCUGCGCUUCAGAGGGCUCCCGCUGGACGACAUGUUCAGCUUUGACAACGUGAAGAAGGUGGUGAUGGUGGCGGACGGAUACCAGCCAUACCUGCUGUCGCCAGAGAAGGGCCUGCGUCUGCUCAUCAAGAGGAGCCUGGAGCUGGCCAAGCAGCCUGGCAUUGACUGUGUGGACGAGGUGCACAAGAUUCUCGUGGACAUCGUAGCAGGUGCCGCAUCACAAGCCCCUUCGCUCGUCCGCUUCCCACCCAUGAAAACAGAGUUGGUGGCCAUAGCAUCAGCAGCAUUGGACGAGUACCGCGCGGAGGCGAAGCGCAUGGUGACGGCCAUAGUGGACAUGGAGAAGGGCUUCGUGCCGCCGUCGCACUUCAUUGAGGCGGAGUAUAAGCGGCAGGAGAAGUUAUGGAAGGAGUUGGAAGUGGCUCGCAAGGGCUUGCAGGACCGAGGCGUGCUCUCCCGCUCUUCGACAGGAGACAGUGGGGGCGGUCGCUUUGCCUCUGCCAUGUCCUCAUUCAGCCGCAAGAAGGAGCCUCCCCCACCUCCGCCCCCCAGUGAUGCCUCUCAGUCCCUGGGUCCCGUCAAGGAGCUUGCAGGCUUCUUGUGGAAAGUGAGCUCCAAGGGGGGAUGGAGCAAGCGCUGGUUCGCACUCAGUGACAAGACCGCCCGGCUCUACUACGUGAAGAAGCCCGAUGAGAAGACGCCUAGGGGAGUCAUUCCUCUCGAGGACUGCAUAAUAGACGAGAUAGUGCCUCCAGAGGAGGUGCCAUCAGCAUCGGACAUCAAGGCGGGGUCCAACCCCUCGGCACAGGCACUCUCUUUCAAGAUCGGCAACAGAGUGCCGUACAAAACCGUGGUCAAAGUCCACCAGUCACUCAUCCUGAGGGCAGACAACAUGGCAGAGAAGCAGCAGUGGGUGGCGCGCCUUCGCAGCCACACCAAGGCCUUCAAGGACGCCCCGCCCCCGCCUCCCCCUUCCUCCUCCACCGGGGGCGACACCGACCAAUCAGGAGACGACGGCAGCAGCAGGGAUGGGGAUUCUGCUGGUAGUGGCGGUGGUGGAGGGGGGAGCAUUGUGCCUGGGGCGCUGGGGCAGGGAGGGGGAGGGGCAGCGGGGGCGGGGCGGGUGGCGAAUCCGGAGGAGGAGCUGAGGUAUCAGGUGACGGAGGUGCGACGAUACGUGCAGGCGGUGCUCGUUCACCUGGCUGACAACAUUCCUAAGGCCAUAGUGCUGGCUCAGGUGGAACGAGCCCGAGACUCAAUGCUAACGAAGCUGUACCAGACAGUGAGCGGCAUGUCGGACGACCGGCUGCAUUCCAUGCUGCAGGAGGACGCGGAGAGCGCCGGCAAGCGCGACAAGUUCAAGCGCAUGCGUGAUGCCAUGCUUCAGCUCAAGCGGGCUCUUAGCCUGCAUGAGGCACGCGCAUCUGCUGAGGAUGAAGGGCAAGGCACCAAGGAGACAGUGGACGCAUGGAGAACAGCUUGCAACAAGGCAGCCCCUGCUGUCACCUCAAUCUCUGUGCAUCUGCGGCCUCUCUCUCUCUCUGCCAUCUUGUACCUUGCUGUCCCACCAGGCACCAAGGAGACAGUGGACGCGUGGAGAACAGCUUUCAACAAGGCCGCCCCUGCCGCUCCCACAAUCUCAGAAGAACCCUCAACAGAUUCCAGCCCUCUCCCCUCCCCUUCCUCUCGGAAAACACCCCCACCACCACCAUCCUCCUCCUCCUCAUCAUCAUCCUCCUCCUCAUCCAAACCUUCCAAAUCCUCAGCUUCGGCAGCCGUAGCAGCCGCUGCAGCAGCAGCGGCCGGUGCUGCUGCUGCAUCUCCCACCCCUCCGACCUCAACUGCAGCAGCAGCAGGAGCAGGGGCUCCCUCUUAUGGUAUCUCACAUGCCUCUUCGUUCCAGCCCACUCGCUCAUCCUCCGCCAAUCAACAGCCGCCAGCUAUCACCCGCGGCAUGACCAUGGGCUCCGUGCCCAACCCGCUAGGCGCGGGGGUUCCCGGAGCUAUGGUCCCAGGUCCGGUGAUGGCUCGGGGGCCGCCAAUGGUCCCGUCUGCAAGCACUGCCAGGAGUGCAAGUCCGCUGCGGCAGACCCUAGCAGGGGGGUUGGAUGCAGGAGGGGGGAUGGGGAACCCCCUGCGUGCCACGUCUAGGAGAGCACCCCCUGGCCCACCCACUGGCUUCAGCUUCAAGUAG